CAAGCUCGCAGGAGCGUGAAGAUGGCGGUUCGCGCAGGCCCGCUGGAAAAGCUACUUUUACACAUAGAGGUGAAUAAAGCGGCAGUUUGUCACCCUGUCCGGUCUGUAGUGUCAAAACUCUCGGUCCCGUGUCACAACAACCACGGGGGUAGGCACGGAGCAGCCGGUAAUGACACUGCUAUAGUUCCGGGACAAGGGGGUAGCGCGAGCUAAUGUCCAGCUGUUAUUUGGUCAUGACGGCUGCUAAAGCAGGUACGCUGUAACUACUUUAACGUUGUUUUCCUCUCCGUCUCGAAAAGAGAACACGCGUAAAGCAACGCCGGAGCUGACAGGGGGGUCAGUAGAUGUGCCAGAGUCUUGUCCCAUCACACCCGAGAUUGUUUGUGCUCCCACUAAACAAGUUGAAGUACGGGUGGUGGUGGUGGUGGUGGGGGGGGGGUCUCAUCAUAGCGAAGUCCCCAUGGUCCAACUAUGGAAGCAUCGGCAGCCGGCACGGACUCCACCACGGGACGCGGCCCUGGCAAAACACUUGUUGAGGUUGGCGGUGCGACUUCUCUCCCCAAUCACCAGGGGAGAGUAGGCUCAUACUCGUCGCAGACUUUCAAUGGGAGCCAAACUAUGAACUGUCACAAUUCAGGAAGCGCUGCCCCUCACGGGGGGUCGGUGACAAGUGGCACUGGCGGCGGCGCUCCCGCCGUGUCUCCUGCAGCUGUCCACGGUGGACCAGUGUUGUCCAAAGGGCUGUACGGUGCGAUCGUGCCCGCCGCGUCAAACAGUGUCAUUCAGACGCCCCUCGUGAACUCGCAGAGUGUUGUCGUCCAGGCUCUGCCCGUGAGCCCGGCCACAGGGGCCACCGGGGCCACCGGGGCCACCGUGACGCUCGCCAGGCCGCCCGCGCAAGCCGCGGGGUCGGGCGCCACUUUGAAUGGGAACAAUGUUGCGGCGCAGUCAGGUGUCGGCGCGCACACUCCGCUUGUGAACGACGCCCAGCCGCCCACCUCGCUGUCCGUCAGCGCGCGGUUGCACACCAUCAAAGCGGAGCCUCCCGCAACCAUCAGUCAGUCUGCACCGCAGCCGGCUGUCACCCCGGCCUCCGUCGGCGCUCCCCGGGCUCCGGCUCCGGCUGCUGUCGGUCCGGUUGGGAUCCGAGCGCCGACGCCUCAGAUGUUGGUUCCGUGGCUCCCACCCACCAGCGCACGACCCCCCGGCAUACACAACAUCCAGCUGCCCCCCGGGAUGGUGCUUGUACGCAGUGAGAGUGGUCAGCUGCUGGUGAUUCCUCAGCAGGCUCUGGCCCAGAUGCAGGCCCAGGCGCAGGGAGGCACGGCACCUCGGACCGCAACACCGACAAACGUGCCCCCUGGCCCGGUAAGAUCGUACAGUCUUACAUCUGCAAAAACGACUUCACUGAGGGAACCACCUUCUCCUGGAAACAUCAGCAGACAAGUGGCUCCCAGCACCAUCAUCCGACAGGGCUGUCCGGCUCCAACGUCACUUGCUGCCACCACCACUCUUCACAGACCUCCUAUUCUUCAGAGGUCAGUUGGGGCUGCAGUACCAGGAAUGACCCCUAGGACCGGCAGCCAUACAGCUGGGACCACAGUCACCUCAGUAAAAGAGACAAUGGAGAAUGUGAAGAAAUGUAAGAACUUCCUGUCGACAUUGAUAAAGCUGGCAUCCACUGUGAGCCAAUCAACAGAGACUGCAGCCACAGUGAGAGAGCUGGUCAAGGAGCUGCUGGAGGGCAAAGUGGAAGCUGAGGAAUUCACCAGCAGAUUGUACAAAGAGCUCAACUCCCAACCCCAACCUUACCUUGUACCUUUCCUCAAGAGAAGCCUCCCAGCCUUGAGGCAGCUCACUCCAGACUCAGCCGCCUUCAUCCAGCAGAGUCAACUCCCAAAGCCGGGCUCACAAAGAGUCUCCUCCAUCUCACCGACCCCCACCACGGUGGUACUGGGCAACCCCACCCCCCGUCUCACUGCCCCAAUCAGCAGACCGCAGCUCCAGCCAGGCGUCAGCAAGCCAGGGCAGACUCCCUCACUGCUUCAGCAGCAGAGAGCAAUGCUUAGACCUCAGGUGACCGUACCGUCGACCCCCAUGGUGACUCUCAGGAAUCAGGCCCCUGGCCGCAUCAUGCUGGGACAGCAGCAGGUCCAGCACAAAGAGCUCCAACCAGUUCCUGUGAGGCCAGAGUUGUUACCAGUGUCUAGACAAGUCUCUGCUGCAGCAUUGACUCCGGCUCAGAGGAACAAGCUGAAAGAGGCGGGCGGCACAUUCAAGGACGAUGACGACAUCAACGAUGUUGCCUCCAUGGCUGGAGUGAACCUAUCGGAGGAAAACGCCAACAUCCUAGCAACCAACUCGGGACUUGUGGGAGCCGUGACACAUUCCUGUAAGGACGAGGCUUUCCUUUCCUGCGCCAUGUUGCAAAGGAGAAUGCUGGAGAUAGGUAGGAGUUAUGGUGUGACAGACCUGGGUGCCGAGGUGGUGAACUAUGUCUCCCAUGCAACACAGCAUCGACUCCAGAACCUGCUAGAAAAAGUUUCCCAAGUGGCCCAGCAGAAAAAUGUCAACUUAAAGGAGGAUGACAACAACGAGCAGGGCAGUGAUGUUCGCGCUCAGCUCAAGUUCUUUGAGCAGCUGGACCUGUUGGAGAAACAAAGAAAGGAGGAGCAGGAGAGGGAGAUCCUCCUGAAGGCAGCUAAGUCUCGAGCACGGCAAGAGGACCCCGAGCAGCUGCGUCUUAAACAGAAGGCAAAAGAGAUGCAGCAGCAGGAGCUGGCUCAAAUGAGACAGAGGGAGGCCAACCUGACGGCACUGGCAGCCAUCGGCCCCAGAAAGAAGAGGAAAAAUCUGGACUCUCCAUCCUCCUCUGCUGCAGCUGAGGGAUCAGGAACAGGCCCACUGUCGGGCUCCAGACCCACACGGCAGCGCAUCACACGCGUCAAUCUCAGGGACCUGCUCUUCUGUUUGGAGGAGGAGAGGUUUACCAGUCGCCCUCAUUUCCUCUACAAGGGCUUUCUCAAAUAGGCUUGAUGUCAGAGAGGAGAUGAGAAGGAGCAGGAGGAGGGUAGGUGAGGCGGGGGGGAAAUGAAGUGUGUGGAGAGACCAGCCGAUCCCACCACAGACAGAGUGUAGGAGACUCUUGUGUAUAAUGAAGAGAAGAGCAGCAACUUUCCAGGUUUUUCCGGAUAACCUGACAUACAACAGUGGCGAUGGCCUCUCUACCUCUCUCCUCAACUAACGCCCAUUUGAUUUCAGAGUCGUGGACUACUGAUGCCCCUUUAUUUACCCUGUUCAACUUAUUUUCAAAAAAAGGGUUUUUGUAUGAACAAAUGACAAAUAUGCACUUGCAACACAGUAUAGUUUAUUUUCUGAUUAUUUGUAUGUGCAGUACGGACAAAUCAUUUAGUUUUAUUCCGCCACCGACUAAUUCUAUCAGUAAUGAUUUAGUUUUUUUGCCAACUGAAUCAGUUUCAGCUUCUGACUGUAUAACCUACUGAGUUGCCUUCCUAACCAUUAAUAAGCCAUAUAACAGUUAACCCUGCUGAAUUUCAUGAAGCAGUAGUUCGCUCUUUCUCUGUCAUCUCCCGUACUUCACUAGACCCCCCCCCCCAGCAUAUUCAUUCACUUAACACAACCUUAAAUGAAUGUUUAGUUAUUUUUUUUAAUUUCAUGUGACACCUCAGUGGAUUCAUGAAGAUUAAAUUCACAACACAUUUUUGUGUGUCUGUGUGUGUAGAUUUCAGUGCGUAAAGAGAAGUCUGCUCUUCAAAAGAAAAAAAAGCAUCUAUUGAAUUGAUCUUAAAAAUUUAUUUGACCUAUUUAAAAUUUCUAAAACUUAAGUUUCAGAAAGUUUCUCACCUGUACUGCUAAACCAAACAUACGUCUACCUGAAACCGAUUCCUAUUUUUAUAGCUGCCCACCAAGACACAUUUUUACUCUUUUAAUAGGGACUGACAGUAUCCUUCAAUCAUUUCCUUACCUACUAAUAUUUUUGUGUGCUACUGGACAGCCCGCUUUGAGAUUUUUUAGUACAUAAGAAAUUGAGUUUCUUCCUGUAUAUUUGUAAAUGUUACACCUAAAGUUUUACACACGGUUUUGUAUAGAAUUGAGAAUAUACCCAUAAAGCGUGAAGAGAGAUUAAAUAAAAAGAAUGGUUUUACAGUAA